AUGGAUUUGAAUAUUUCCUCUCAGGAUUCUUCUUGUUUUCAUCUUCCUCAUCCGUUAUUCGAUUUAGCCUCUGAGCGAUUCAUUACAAACUUAAUAACAGCCAUCAUCAACAUCGUUACCGCUCCAUUCUCUUUUAUUGCCAACAUGCUGAUCAUCAUCGCCAUUUUUGACUGUCCCCGUCUACAAACUCCUUCCAAUCUAUUGCUUGCGACUUUAGCAUUGUCAGAUGCAUUUGUCGGCCUGACAGUCCAACCAGGUUAUAUCACCUACCGGCUUAUGGAAAAUCAGCAUCGUUUAGUUCCUUGUUUUGCAAGACAUAUCUACAAUUCUGCAUUCUACGUAUGUUUUGGUGUUUCUUUCAUGACUCUAACCGCUGUGAGCUAUGAGCGCUUUGUGGCUGUUCGUCUACGUGUCAGGUACAACGCGAUGUUUUCUACGAGACGGGCUCUAAAAUAUGCUUUGGGGAUAUGGACGGUCAAUAUAUUCUUGACUGCUCUGGAAUGGGCUAAAAUAGAUAAAGCCAUGAGAGGUAUUCAUCUAACUCUUUGGUAUCUUUGCCUUCUCGUCUCAACUGUGACCCAAAUUGGCGUUUUUGUGGCCAUACGAAGACACAAUCGACGAGUUAAUAACCAACUUCAAGUGGAUGAAAAGCUACAGAGACAAAGAGAAGUGAAGCUGGCGAAAAAGAUAUCGACUAUGGUUGUAAUUUACUUUAUUUUGAACUUUCCCGUUCUAUUUGUGACAUUUUAUCAUCAGAUAUUAGGGCAAAACAUUCAAACAUACAACCACUACAGCUGGACAGAGACGUUGGCUUUUCUAAACUCCUGCUCAAAUCCAAUUAUAUGUUAUUGGAAAAAGAGAGAGAUUUUUCGAAGAGUCAAAUAUCUCCUGAAGAAAUUAAUUUGCUAA